AUGCCAGCUUCAAUCAUGUCUUUGAUUCUUUUUUUCUUUGCUUUCUUCGGUAGCUGUCUAGCUAAAACUGUCACUUAUAAUUUCGAUAUUUCUUGGGUCAAUGCUGCCCCAGAUGGCUUCUCCCGUCCUGUCAUCGCCAUGAACAAACAAUGGCCUCUCCCAACAAUCGAAGCUGACUUAGGCGACACCGUUAUUGUGAAAGCUAGGAACCUCCUCGGCAACGAGACCACAUCCAUCCACUUCCACGGCAUGAAUCAGCUUGGCACCAAUCCCUCUGACGGCCCGGUUGGUGUUUCGCAGUGCUCAAUCCCGCCUGGCGGCGAGUACACUUAUCAAUUCACGGCAAAUCCGGCGGGAACGGCCUGGUAUCAUAGCCACGACAAGGGACAAUACCCAGAUGGCUUACGUGGCCAGAUGAUCGUGCACGACCCGGCGUGGGAAAAAAGCCUUGGAGUUGACGAGCAGAUUCAUCUCAGCGUCUCUGAUUGGUAUCAUGAACAGAUGCCGGUGCUGCUGCACAAGUAUUUGAGCCCCGAAAAUCCAACCGGUGCCCUCCCGAUUCCCGACUCUAUGCUAGUCAACGACUCUUCCACACCUCCGGAUAUCACGUUCGAGCCUAGUAAAAAGUACCUACUUAGGAUUGUUAAUAUGGGCGCCCUCUCCUGCUCGUCUAUACAGUUCCAGAACCAUGAUAUGACGGUUGUUGGCAUUGACGGUGUUCAUGUCGUACCAAAGACAACAUCAGCCAUUACUAUUUGUGCAGGACAACGCUACGACAUCGUGAUUCAAGGUCAGACGAGCCCCAAGAACAGUGUAGGAUACUUGGUCAAGAUGGCGACUGAUAUGUUCGACUCGGUUCCAUCUGGCUUCAAAACCGAUUAUACCGGAAAAUGUCUCUACAAGUCGGGAGGAAUCAUCUUACCGAUGCUUGGCUCCGUCAUCUCUAAUCCGUCACUAUCCCCGUCUACUACUCUCGAUGACUUUACCCUCCAGCCGCUCGAUGGCCAGAAGCUGCUAGGAGCACCCGACCAACAAAUCAAGUGGUACAUCAAUCAGACGAACUAUCCGGGAAUCGGGUCACGUAUCUCUCUUGCUCAACAACCCUGGGUCGAGCCUGAUGUGCCCUCCCUCUACACAGCCCUCACAGCUGGCCUAUCUGCCAACAACCCCGCUAUCUACGGCCUCGGCGCCGCCGCCUCUGUCCUCGCCGCCAACAGCAUCGUUCAGAUCGUGCUCACGAACCCAGAAGAGCACCCUCAUCCUAUGCACAUGCAUGGCCACGAGUACCAAGUCGUCGCGCGUGGCACCGGUGUCUGGGACGGCAACACCAAUAAUUUUCCCGCCGUGCCGAUGAAGCGCGACGUCGCCGUUGUGCCGGCGAAGGGGUACUUCGUGCUACGAUUCAGAGCAGACAACCCGGGCGUGUGGUUUUUCCACUGCCACAUCGACUGGCAUCUUGCGGCUGGCAUGGCGGCCACGCUAGUAGAGGCACCAGCGCAGUUGCAGAAGAGCCAGGCUAUACCGGCUGCUGGGCAGUGGUUAUGCUGGAGUAAUGGGAAGCAGGCGAGUGGAAACUGUGCUGGCGCGACGACGGGGAACUUGGCCAGUGCAGACACUACAGCGAGUUGCCCGACUAUUUUCAAUACGGAUACGGAUGGGUAUGGGGCGUUGGUUAUCAAACAGGGGAAGGAGAGGCGUGAUGGGCGUUGGUCUGCGUAGAGGGAGGGCGUUGGGAAUCGUCUUCGUAGAGGGUAGGUGGUAGAAGGUAGGAGUUAUGUGCGACGUUUACGUAUUUCGGUCAACUUUACGUUUAUUUCCCUCUUACGCUUUGUUUCGUUUCCGGUUACUAGAGCUGGAUAGAGCUACCAUUGUUGAGUGGGAAUGUCACUUCUCUGAUCUGUGUCUGUAUAGUUAGCGCUUGGUUCACGCGUGACUAAGCCUAAAUCGAAACCUCUUCGUUUCGCCGG